UGGAACCUAACCUUUUAAGAAUAAAUAUUGUGAUAUUCUUUGGUUCACUAUCCGAGAUCCAACUGCACUCGGAGGUAUUAUAUGCGUACGAGUUUGUAUAUAUCAUUAUGGCUGAAGAAAAUAAAACAAAGGUAAAUGAAAAACGAAUUUUGGAAUUAGCGAAGGCACAAAAUGAAGGUAUUACAAAUGAUGAUAUCAAAGAAGGAUUAUCUGACAUCCCUACUACAGAGGUGACUGCAAUAUUAAAUAAAUUUUUGAAAAAUGGAACCUUUGAAAUAUUUAAACGUAAAAAUGUCUUGUCCUACAAAUACAAAGAUCCAUCCAAAAAGACUGAAGUUAAGGGAGGAGAUAGUGAAGAAAAAGUUGUAUAUAAAAUCAUCGAAGAAUCUGGAAACAAAGGCAUAUGGAUAAGGGAUAUCAGAAAUAAAUCUAAUUUAAACCCAACUCAAUUAAAUAAAGUCCUAAAAAGUUUAGAGACAAAAAAAUUCAUAAAAGCUGUUAAAUCAGUAUCUGCUAGUAAGAAAAAGGUUUACAUGUGUUAUGAUUUAGAACCAGAUAGUUCUGUGACUGGUGGAGCUUGGUAUCAAGAUCAAGAUUUUGAAUCCGAAUUUGUCGACGUUUUAAGUCAACAAUGCCACAGGUUUUUAGUUCAAAAAUGGGAGGAUGCCAACAAACAAGGUGGCGGACCGUACUUAACUAGAAAUAGAAGUUAUGCAACGGCCGAUGACGUGCAUAAGUUCAUUUCAGAAUUGGGAAUUAGUAAAGUGUCCUUAUCGGUUGACGAUAUCGAAAGUAUUUUGUAUACUGUGGUGUUAGAUGAUAGAGCUGAAAGAUCUGUAAAACCGAACGGAACGUAUGUCUACAGAGCCGUUAACAGAUUUUUACCCAGUCCUGGAUUAGUGAAAACGACUUGUGGUAUUUGUCCUGUUUUUAAUAGAUGUGCUGACACUGGUUCGAUCAACCCAAAAGCUUGCACAUAUUUAACAGAUUGGUUACAUAAUUAAACAAUAUAAGCCAUA